UUCUAUUUGGUGAAUAGAGCCUUUAUAAUGAUUCCAGGCAACUCUUCCAGCCUGGUAAGUAUACCUUGACAUGGACAAAUAUCAAACUCGUUCUGUUCAUACGCCUUUGGAUGUUACUCGAAAUGAGGUCAGACUUCUCACAAUCCUGCCGCUCGUUGGAGGACCUCGGGACCUCAUCGAAUGCGAACUCGACACAUGCUCGCUUGAUGAUAGACCGACAUACACAGCACUUUCCUACGUGUGGGGCGAUGCAACAAAGACGAGGCCAGUCCUCGUGAAUGGUCAUGUGGUACACGUGACCACCAACCUGGCGGAUGCAUUGUUCCAACUCCGGGAAGACGGCGUGGAGGUCGUGUGGGCCGACGCACUAUCAAUCAACCAAAACAACGACAACGAAAAGAACCACCAAGUGCAAAAGAUGAAGACAAUAUACCAGAUGGCAAAUUAUGUUAUAGCUUGGCUUGGUGUCGAGAGUGACACAAGUAAGAGAGGGAUGCUAAAACUGUGUGAAGUGGCUGUAUUGGCCUCGUCGCUAAACAUUCGACAUAUUUACGACCCUCCUAAUGGGGGGAUGGACGGAAAGCAGUAUGAUGACAACAUACGUACUGCUGCUGAGGUUUUGUGUGAAUGUGAUACUCUCAAAGAGGAGGAUAUUGGGUCCAUAUUGUCUGUCAUGGCGAUGCCUUUCUGGUCUCGGCUCUGGAUCAUUCAGGAGCUCUGCCUAGCCCCGUUUGUCACGAUAGCUUGCGGUUCAAGUCGGGUGUCUGGGGCUGAAGUUCAUGCGGCCUUGGCUAUGCUCACUUGGGCAAGUUGGUUUUCGUAUAGGUGUAGCAGAAAGUCGACAAACACGAUUGCGCGAUUGCGAGACUUGUAUCACCCGUUCGUUUUGGAGAGAUGGACGCGUCCACCAGCCAUUGAUUUGGCCGUUAAGGUACAGAAAUCAGGCCCAAAUUUGGACCUUGGGUUUGUGUUCGGCACAACAUGUAACGGAACGACACUGUUCGCGUCAGAUCCUUUAGACCGUGUCUACGCUUUACUAGGACUUGUGGGCGAUGAAGAUCGUAACGCUAUCACAGUCGAUUAUACCAAUUCUUGCGGGAGUCUCUAUGCGCAGGUUACUCGACUAUUGCUAAGCCAAUGGGGUACAGCUUUCUUCCUCUAUUGUGGAUCAGCAUGCCAACACCGAACACAGCGAUACCUGCCAAGUUGGUGUUUGGACUGGACUUUUACCGGACAUAGAGCGGAGUAUCUCAUAAAGAUUGCUGUUCUCACACGUCCAGUUCCAGACUCACCAUCAGACUUCGAAUUUAUCACAGAUGACCGAGUUGCGGUAAGGGGUGCUAGGUUUGGCCGAGUAGCCGGUGUCGUACCAUACUCAGGAGGCUUGGAGGAUCUCCAAAACGUCAUCUUUAGCAUUGGAGAACUGUACGAGCAGAUAUUGGAAUACGAGACCGAAAACUUAUCUAUCAGUGAACAUACGGCAUCGAAAGAGAUUAUCAAGGUAUUGAUAUAUGGUAAGGCAAUGGUGACAUCUGAUCUGAUUCACUGGACUGCUUCAUUAGGCGUAUUUGAGGAUUACAUACAAAGUCAACAGUCGAACUUACAGAACCGAACCAACAGCAUCGAUACCCAUGAGUCCGGACACGGUCAAAAGCGAAACAUGGAUUUCGACGCUGGAGCCCAAUUCAAACAAAAUGUUGAACAAAUAUUUUGGAACACAAAACCGCGCAACCUUUUCGUUACCGAGAAUGGGUAUAUAGGAAGUGGAUCUGUGUGUACACAAGCUGGGGAUGUCGUGUAUGCUUUCAAAGGCUCGAGGCUCCCUUUCAUAUUAAGAGCAGGGGAAGAUGAGAAGACAAAAGGGGGUUGGGAACUUGUCGGUGCAGCGUAUGUUAAUGGGGGAACGUUUGAAGAUACUGCCGAUUUUUGGAGUAUGGAUCCACCGGUUGAAGAUGUCAUACUUUGUUGAAGUAUUGAGAGACAUACCGGGAUUGUCUGUUUCUUCAUUCGCAGUUUCUACUUUGCAAAUUCAGUACUUUCUGAACCGAGUCGCUGAUGACUAGUAUUGAACCACUCUGCGUCAUGUAGGUAAGGAACGAGUAGGACACCCGCCCAUAGAACACGAACUCGC